UCUGGCUAUUCGAGGCACCGUUCUGAAGACGUUUGAUUGUUCUGUACCUAGCAAGACUAUACACCACGAGUGGAUUUAGUGCGCUGUAUCUGGUUUGCUUUAUGAAGCCAAUAUACCCCAUCACCUUAAGUGAGCUCCUAAAGUGGCCUGCGGCAUUUUUCUACCGCUUGGUGUCACACAAUGGCGUUCUCUGCCAUAAAGCUGUAGGUUAAACGACCUGGGGCCCAAAGGCCUGUAGGUUUCUUAGUAGGACUUAUGUCCCCGUUAACAGCUUAUGGAAGAAGACAGAGGUAACAAGUCAGGAGCUGCUGAAGCUAAGUGGGCCAACUUGAUGCUACCAUCUUGAACCUGCAGAAAUCCUGUUGUUUUCUCUCAACGUCAUCAAUCUUCCGAAGGCCAAGUCGAUAUGGAUCAAGAUACAAACACUUACGCACAUCAAGCUUUGACAUCCCAUGAUUCAAUCCGCAUUUUGCACCUGCUACCAGGAUCUGACAAUGAUGUAAUCCGCUGUAGUUCGGAGGAAAUGGUGCUGGACGAGGCAGAAGGUAGAUACGAAGCAGUUUCGUAUGACUGCGGCCGUUCAUAUAUCACAUCUACGAUUGUUUGCGAUAGUGCCGCACUUCCAGUAACGACCAAUCUCGAGUUGGGGCUCCGAACAUUUCGUUUGAAACUAUAUCUCCAUUUCCCCCGCGUAAUGCCAACAAAGGGGAUCUGUCAGAUGCAGAACGAUCAUUCCCACGAUCGAGGGACCGGCGCCUAGCGAUGACAGCUCAAGGAAGAAUGGAAUUGGUCUUGUUGAUUGCUAAGGGCAAUGGCUUUUGUUAUAUCAUCCAAGGCAUGGAUGUUCCUAUCAUUCUUCAGGGAAGGAGAGACGUACUGCCCCGGAGUGAUGGAAGGAGAACUGUCAAGUUCCGAGUCCCUUGAUGAUUAGUGGGAGGAGGUUCGUGUUCAGUGAUGGUGAUGGCGCUCCAGAGUCAAAUAUCAUCUCUCUUUUUAAGCCUCUUUAUAUUGAGCUACUGAUUAAAAAUGAGAAAAGUAUUGCCGAUAAAGUUAAAGUUACACAGGCCUGACAUGCCCC